AAGAGCAUGUAUUACAGUGCUUUUAUCAUAUAUGAAAGCACCCUUUACCCAUAAUAACAUUACUAGCAUAUAAAAUCAAGUGGAUUAUUGCUUUAAAACAAAAAUAUUGCUAAAUUUCAGUGACAUUAAAUUAUUUCAUUUAUUAUUCAGGCAACCUGUGGUAGACAAUUCUUCUACCUUGUAAUGAAGUUUGGUAAAAGUGUGCUUUAGUUGCUAAGCAACAUAAGGGCAAUGGAUAAAGCAGUAUAUGGUCAAAGAUUUAUUGUCAGCUGACCAUUACAGCAGUGAAUGUAGGCGCUGAUGUCUGGUGAGAAGGCCUGGGGUGCUGUCAGUGUUUCAUUUUAUCCUUAGUGGGGGACUGAGGUCAGGACUGAACACUGAAACAGUCUUCAUGUCCUAUUCGUUUCAGUGAAGGGAAAUCUUCCAUACACCAUACAAAGACAUCCUGUGUCCAAUUUUGUGGAAAGAGAUUGGAAAAGAAGGUGUCCUUUUAAUUUUGUGAGAACAUUAUAACAUACAGUGUACACUGAUCAGGCAUAACAUUAUGAGCAGUGAGAGGCGAAGUGAAUAACACUGAUUAUCUCCUCAUCAUGGCACCUGUUAGUGGGUGGGAUAUAUUAGGCAGCAAGUGAACAUUUUGUCCUCAAAGUUGAUGUGUUAGAAGCAGGAAAAAUGGGCAAGUGUAAGGAUUUGAGCGAGUUUGACAAGGGCCAAAUUGUGAUGGCUAGACGACUGGACCAGAGCAUCUCCAAAACUGCAGCUCUUGUGGGGUGUUCCCGGUCUGCAGUGGUCAGGAUCUAUCAAAAGUGGUCCAAGGAAGGAACAGUGGUGAACCGGAAACAGGGUGAUGGGUGGUCAAGGCUCACUGAUGCACGUGGGAAGCGAAGGCUGACCUUAUAUUAGCGAAGGCUGAUGAUAUUCAUUUAAAUUAAUUCAUGGAGUAUUAUUAUUAUUAUUAUUUUAACCACAGCGCGGAUGAAUUCUCGAAUCUGAUUGGUCAGAAGUUGUGUGCACGGUUCUGACUUUACUUUCGGCUAUAACAUAAACGACAGGUUUAUAUUAGGUUUUCAGUUGAAAAGGAGAUUAUUUAUUUUUUAUUUAUGGGUGUCAUGCAAUAGCAUUGUUGAAUCUUCAAAAAAAAAAAAACGUUUAGUCAUGUGACUAAGAUUUGCUAGUUGGUUUAAUUAGCCGUUAAGCUCCACCCACCAGCUCUAGCUUGGGAAGGCCUUUCAUGUGACGAGCCAAUUUAACCCUGAAACUCCUCCCACAUGUUGCUCCACUGUCAGGAUGUCGCAGGGUCUCGCUAAAACGUGCGAUGUCCUCUGGAUUCCGUUUAAAACCGACUGUGAGGAGCUGCUUGGACGCUUCCAGAAGACGGGGUCGGUGCGAUAUGAAGAGUUUGCGGCCAUGUGGAGAGCAAUGGACUUCUCCAGUGUGUAUAAUGCCAUGACCACAAACUGCGAGAAAAGACCCUUCAUUCGUCUCGUCUUCACCACAGUGUAUGAUUACUUCUUUCCCCCCAACAGCUUUCAGAUCCGAGUAGGGGCGCUGUACAUGUUCUACGGCCUUUACUUCGCACAGCCUGUCAGCCCAAAGGAGAAGAUCCGUAUUGCACUGAAGGACUGGAUGUGUUUGCAGAGCUUUGUCGCCGAAGCUGCCACGUCUCAACAUCUGGAUGUUGUAUAUAUCUACAAGAAGCUUGUUUCUGAGAAGGCUCUUUAUUAUUCCGCCAUGCCACACCAGCUCACCUUCGAUUCAAAGCGGCAUUUUAAAAGCAAUAGAAUUAACGAGAUGUUCCAGGAGCCGCCAGACAGAGUAACAGAACUGGUUAAUGCAGGUACACUGGAGGAAAUUAGAAAUGUACAGGGUCAUUAUGAACGGAUUAAGCAGGCUCUGCAUGUGUCUGCCUCAGUCAACGUGACCCCAGUCAGCCUGAGUGCACAGCUUGAGGAAUGCACACUUGCAUUUCAGCAGUGGAAGGAAAAAACCAAGGAACAGAGGAAUUCAGCCUCUGACACAAAAGAGAAGGAAAGUUUUGAGGAGUUGGAGUGCUCCAACAGGGCAGAUCUACUGGCUACAAUAAAGUCAAAGUCCUAUGGGAAUCCAGCAAUGGCUUCCAAAUCCAGACAACACAGACAAGUAGAAAUGGACUCCUCGGGAUCAGAGUCAGACCAUAAGCCGACAUUGUCUCUACCGAAGAAUAAGCAAAUCUCUCUUAGACAGAGGACGUGGAAUAACCUGGGCAAAGGGCCAGAAGAAUAUAGACAACAACUCUGGCUUUUAAGCGCAAUGAAGGGAGACAAAGCAGUUUUCAAGAGAAGCGACAAGAAGUACAGAUUUAAGUGGUGAAAUUUGAGUUGUGAGAGUGGAUUUGUUUUUCACACUCAAUAGGUUUCUUAUUUUUUUUUAUAUAGGUUUCUGUUGGCAAAUGAAAUUUAGAAAUAGAAACAGAGUGGAUAUUUUUUUUUCUAUUUCUAAAAUUCCUACUCAAUGACAUUUUUUUUUGGAUAGACUGUAUUUGUAGGAACUAAACUUGAAUGGUUUGUUUGUUCGUAAUUUUUUGUAUGUAUUUAAUAAAUAUAUGCUUGGUGAUCUUUCUUCAUUGAUUCGAGAUUUCAAAGUAGAAUUGUAUUCUCUAUAAUUUUCUUAAUAUCUUCAAGGCUGGACUCCUUCAGCUCAUAUUAUGGAAUAUAAAAAAGCCUGGCUUUCUGAUUCAAUCAAGUAGAGAUGGGGAUUGUAUAAUUAAUGAAUUUCUGUGUAUUGUAAAUAAUUAUACUUUAAAAUGAUAAGGAUUGUUACAACAUAAAUGAAGAAAAAAAGCUAAAAAGGAAAUAAGUCUAAUUGUUUUUUUUUUUUUAAAACCUGUUCCAAGAGACUUGGGGCACAAUCACAGGGAGAACUCCACACACACAGCAGAAGCGAACCCCCAUCCCUGGAGGUUUAAGGCAAAUGUGCAAACCACCAAGCCACUGUGCCUCCUGUCUGUUUUUAUAAACAAUUUACGUUUCUUGGCCCUUUAUAAAUCUGUCUAUUCAGAAAAUGGACAAAUGUACGUCAGAGUUUGUGUUGCUUGCCUGACUGGCAGCUCUUUUAAGGCAAUUAAGCCAAUAAUGUAAUUAAAUGAACAGGGAAUUAAUCAGUCUUGAGCCAGUGAUCACAU